UUGUUGCCAAAGGCCCAAAAGAAAAAUAAUAACAUAAUUCUGAGAAGCAAUUGGUGACCAAAAGAAAGGAAGGAGAUCUGAAAUCAUUUCCCCCACAAAGAAAGAGCAAGUACCUGAACUUUUUUCCCUCCAAAGUGUUUCUCAUCAAAUCGAUCAUGCGGGUCUUUCAUAUUAUACUUUAUCCCAAAAUGAAUUAGUACUUGAACUUCAUGUUUUUGGAGGUAGAUUCUUUUGUAGGAACAGAUUUUAUGUUAUUCAAUCAUCAUUAGCCAUUCAAAACCAUAGUUGCAAUUAGUGUCUCUAUGGUAUUCUUCAGCCUACAAAACGCAAACUUUAGUAGCUAUGCAAUGAGUAUUCCUCAUAAACUUAAAACCCACUUACGAUGACUAUUGAGUAUGGGUAUUAUCAUGACUUAGGGAUUGAGCUCUGAUAUUCAGAUAAUCAUUGGUAUUCCUUCACUUUUUUGGGCUCUGAUAUUCAGAUUUUCCGGCAGUUUCUUUCAAAUAAGGAGCAGAGUUUGGAUUGAGGGAGUGAUGAGGAAGAGAGAGGAGAGAAUGGAGUUGCCGUGUGGGAGUAGGAAAUCAAAGAGUUUUAUAAUCAUGAAAUAAAUUAUAAAACGCAGUUAAAACUCAAUAAAACUCUAUGAUAAAAGUUUAGAAAAGUUUGUUACUUAUCUUUAUAAACUUUAUAAAAGAAGUAGCGGGCUUUAAUACCCAAGAGAGCGAGAAAGAGGGAGAGAGAUCGGAAUGGACGAUCCUCCAGGCAGCGAUAUGUGCUCGGUCUGCCAUGGCAACUUCGACACUCCUUGUCAAGCCAAUUGUUCUCACUGGUUUUGCGGAAAUUGUAUUAUGCUUGUUUGGCAUCAUGGAUCAGCACUUCAGCCUUGUAAAUGCCCACUAUGCCGUCGUUAUAUCACUUUGUUGGUUCCAAGUGAGGCUUCAUUAAGGCAGGCUGAGAGACCAGAGGUGGCUGAGAUCCUACGCAAAGUUGAAAGGUACAAUCGUUAUUUUGGAGAUCAUCCCAGAAGUCUUAUUCAGAGAGGGCAGGACCUUCCUUUUUUCCUGCGGAGGCUGCUGCGAGAACUAAUUGAUCCUAAUAGAUCUCUUCCUGCUCGUAGGAUGGCUCAGAUCUGUUUUGCAAUGAUAUUGUUAGCAAUCUACCUAGUGAGUCCUGUUGACCUUAUUCCGGAAGCAAUGUUUGGUUUACUUGGUUACGUGGAUGAUUUCAUCGUGGCACUGGUCAUCUUGUUUAAUCUUGCUGCCAUUUCUCGGUCGAUACUCUAUCACCGUCAUGGAGGUUCCUAAACUGUGCAGUCAUGGCUUACGGCAAUUUUACAUUUAAACGAUGGAAAGGAGGAACUAGUUUUGAGUUCGUAAUUGCAAGCUGGGAAUUUUUCUUUAUUGUACUGGGGUCGAAUAAUUGGACUUGAUUCACCUCAUUGGAAUAUAGGAUUUUAGAAGUGAGCCCUCUUUAUGUUGCAAUGUAGUUUCAGUUGAAUUUGUAUACAUUUUCAUGCUCAAUUACGGUGACUUACAAAUGAAAUUCGAAAAUGUAGAACCUUGUGUUGUCCAUAUGCACUGGUAUUGUAGGGGCCACUUUGUGUUAAUAGACCAAAUAGUUAUUAGCAGAGCUUUUUUCCCUA